GAGGAGAGAAAGAAGAAAGGGAGGGAGAAAGCGGACAGGAGUCAGAGAGAAAGGAGAGGGAGGGAGAGAGGAAAUGAGAGAGAACAAGAGAAAGGGGAUGGGAAAGAAAGGAAGAAAGAUUGCUUUAUAGCUGCUACGACUGCAGUCAGAAAUAGCAUAUGUAAUAACUACCGUGAGCUGUAUACUAUCUACAAGCCGAGACCAGAUUUUGUUCACUUUUAUUUAUUAAUUAGUUACUAAGGGGGAAAGAGAUGACAGCUGGUUCCAUCUUCUUCUACAUCUUGAUCAUUGGAAAAUACUUUAUUCAUGGAAGUGAACAUGAUAGCCAAUGCUCCCUUGGUUAUUUCCCGUGUGGAAAUGUAACCAAGUGCUUGCCUCAGCUACUUCAUUGUAACGGUGUGGAUGACUGUGGAAAUCAUGCCGAUGAAGAAAAUUGCGGAGACAACAAUGGAUGGUCUCAGCAGCUUGAUAAAUAUUUUGCAAAUACUUAUAAAAUGAUUUCCCCAUAUCCUUUUGAGACAGAGCCAUCUGAAUGCUUGGUUGAUUCUGUGCCAGUGAAAUGUCUAUGCCAAGGUCUAGAGCUUGACUGUGACGAAGCCAACUUACGUGCUGUCCCAUCUGUAUCUUCAAAUGUGACUGUGAUGUCACUGCAGCGGAAUUUACUAAGAAAACUUCCCAGUGAUGGUUUCAAGAAGUACCAAGAUCUUCAGAAGCUGUACCUGCAAAAUAAUAAGAUUAGAUCUGUAUCUGUACGUGCUUUCAGGGGACUGCAUAACCUUACUAAGCUGUAUUUGAGCCACAACAAGAUAACUGUUUUGAAGCCUGGUGUAUUUGAAGAUCUCCACAGAUUAGAAUGGCUGAUAAUUGAAGAUAACCAACUCAGUAGGAUUUCUCCAUUAACAUUUUAUGGACUUAAUUCUCUUAUCCUUCUGGCACUGAUGAAUAAUUCUCUAGUCCAUUUACCUGAUAAACCACUUUGUCAGCAUAUGCCUAGACUACACUGGCUAGACUUCGAAGGCAACCAUAUCCACAAUUUAAGAAACAUGACUUUCAUUUCCUGCAGUACUUUAACUGUCUUGGUGAUGAGGAAAAAUGAAAUCAACCAUUUAAAUGAAAAUAGCUUUGCCCCACUUCAGAAACUAGAUGAACUGGACUUAGCAAGUAACAAGAUUGAAGUUCUUCCUCCUUACCUGUUUAAGGACCUGAAGGAGCUCUCACAACUGAACCUUUCCUACAACCCAAUCCAGAAAAUCAAAGCAGACCAAUUCGACUAUCUAGUCAAACUCAAGUCUCUAAGCCUAGAAGGAAUUGAAAUUCCAAAUAUCCAAAGAAGAAUGUUUGAACCUCUUAGGAAUCUAUCCCAUAUAUAUUUUAAGAAAUUCCAGUACUGUGGCUACGCUCCACAUGUACGAAGCUGCAAGCCAAAUACUGAUGGGAUUUCAUCCUUAGAGAAUCUCUUAGCGAGCAUCAUUCAGAGAGUGUUUGUCUGGGUUGUGUCUGCAGUUACAUGUUUUGGAAAUAUCUUCGUCAUCUGCAUGCGGCCUUAUAUCAGGUCCGAGAACAAGCUUCAUGCCAUGUCAAUCAUCUCUCUCUGCUGUGCUGACUGCCUAAUGGGAAUAUAUUUAUUUGUGAUCGGAGCUUUUGAUCUGAAGUAUCGUGGAGAAUACAAUAAACAUGCACAGUUAUGGAUGGAUAGCACCCACUGCCAGCUAGUAGGAUCUUUGGCCAUACUGUCCACAGAAGUGUCGGUUUUACUUCUAACUUUUCUGACUUUGGAAAAAUACAUCUGCAUCGUUUACCCUUUUAGAUGUUUGAAACCUGGAAAAUGCAGGACAAUUGCAAUCUUGAUUCUUAUAUGGAUUAUUGGGUUUGUGGUGGCUUUUAUUCCACUGAGCAACAAGGAGUUUUUCAAAAACUAUUAUGGUACCAACGGAGUCUGUUUCCCUCUUCAUUCAGAACAGGGAGAAAGUACAGGAGCACAGAUUUAUUCAGUAAUUAUUUUUCUUGGUGUUAACUUGGCAGCCUUUAUCAUCAUCGUUUUUUCCUACGGGAGCAUGUUUUACAGUGUUCACCAAACUGCUGUUACUGCAACAGAAAUCCGGAAUCAUGUUAAAAAGGAGGUGACCCUUGCCAAACGUUUUUUCUUCAUUGUGUUUACGGAUGCCUUGUGCUGGAUACCCAUUUUUGUAUUGAAAUUCCUUUCCCUGCUUCAGGUAGAAAUACCAGGUACCAUAACUUCUUGGGUGGUGAUUUUCAUUUUGCCUAUCAAUAGUGCUUUGAACCCCAUUCUCUACACUCUAACUACAAGACCAUUCAAAGAAAUGAUUCGUCAGGUUUGGUAUAACUACAAGCAAAGAAGAUCAAUUGAGAGCAAGGGUAGUCAGAAAACCUAUACUCCAUCAUUCAUCUGGGUGGAAAUGUGGCCAGUUCAGGAGAUCCCACCUGAGCUAAUAAAGCCUGCUCUUUUUACAGACUCUUGUGAAAUGUCACUAAUCACUCAAUCAACAAGAAUAAAUUCGUAUACAUAACCAUAGUCUAAAAAUUAGAAAAUCUACAAUGAACACCACCAUCUAUUUCAAAGUAGACAUACUAUUACCAACACAAAGCUAUAAAAUAACCAGUUUAUACUAGACUCAGAGGAAGAGUUAGAAAAGACCAAUAGGAAGGCCUUCAGUAUGCUGAAUCUCUUUGGUGGGAGAUUUAUAGAAGGGAUAGUCACGGAUGGCACAGGAUGAGAUGAUGCACAUGAAUUGUGAUCUGUACCAGCCGAAGUCCCCAUACAAAUGAGCCCACGAAUCCACAGAAAUAUACCAGAGACCAAAAUCAAUUAACUAACAAGGACAUCUGAUUGUAACUCCUCUGGAAAAAACAAAAGAAGCUCAAUACCAUAUAGAGGGAAGUAAAUUGUAGAGGACAGUGAACUGAAAAUAAUUCAUACGUUGCAUGGGAAAUUGAAAAAAAAAACUUCACAGAGGAUUGUUUGGAUCAAUUUUCAAUCUGCAAUGAAUAAUUAUUCAUGUACAACAAAGAAGAUAUCUGCUAAAUAAUUGGGUUUCCAGUAAUUGGUAGGGGCUUUGUUGACUUUGUAUUUUAGCAGAUACAAAAAUCACAUGCUGUUUUUUCCCUCAAGUUUCUUAUAAAUAUAUGGGGAGCACAUGGCUUCAAAGAAUCAAAAAAAAAAGUAGCAGAAGGAAGCACACCAGAUUCAGAAGACAUGAGUCUGAAUCCUGGUUCUGAAGCUUAGAACCUGGGUAGUAACCUUGGGCAAGUCACUCAAGGUCUCUCUGGGCCUAAGUUUCUUCAUUUGUUAAAUGAGGGAUUGGAAUCUAAGGGUGGAUCUCUAUAACGCUAUGAUCUUGAUCAUCUAUAAAAGACUCAGAGAUAUCUCUUCCUUAAAAGUCCACUUCUUUCAUUUCCUCUCCUUUGAGGACACCUGUACAUACACCUCACACAUGAAUCCAAGCACUGCUAUUCCUUUCUCAGGCAGAACUGCCAACACUCACCUGCCACUCUCCUGGCCGGUUUUCUUUCAGUUUUAAGUGGACAGCAAGCAGCAUCUGGGACUGCAGAAGCACAGUCCAUAUUUUGCAACAAUGUGGAUCCAGAAGCAUGCAACAGGGUCCAAGCAAGAAUACAGUGAGUAGUUCUAAUGCUUUUCUUCAGGUCAGGAAAAGUUCAAGAGACCUGUCUCUGGUGAGAGGAUAGUUGCCACUGAAUACUACACCUUGCUAUAUGCAUGAACAAUUCAUAUGAUAAUUACUUUGUGACUAAAUGAUUUUCAUCUAAGAACUGCUAGAAUCUUAUUUCCAAUUUGAAAAUUUCUUUAAAAGGAGGAAGAUGCAUUCAGGGGUUGUUCUUUUUUUUUGUGCUAAACAAGCAAAUAAGGAAUUUAAAGUGUGAUUUUUAAUGUGUUUACAAGUCUUCAAAAUAGCUUACAAUGAGGAACUGAUGAGUAUGUGUAUGUACUGUUUCUUUUGACAAUAAAGUUAC